UGGCGCGCCCAAGCCUUCGAGCCCGCGAGCCAGUGAGCGGCUGCCGCGGCCUUCCCUGAACGCAGCGGCCCGGCCCGCGGCCCCGCUAAUCCCGGGGCCCGCGUCCCCGCGGCAGGGAUGCAUCAUGGCCACGCUGGCUUGCCGGGUGCAGUUCUUGGACGACACAGACCCUUUCAACAGCACCAACUUCCCCGAGCCCAGCCGGCCGCCGCUGUUCACGUUCCGGGAGGACCUUGCUCUCGGCAGCCAGCUGGCCGGGGUCCACCGGCUGCUGCGGGCGCCACACAAGCUUGAUGACUGCACGCUGCAGCUCUCCCACAAUGGUGCCUACCUGGAUUUGGAAGCGACGCUGGCAGAGCAGCGGGACGAGCUAGAAGGCUUCCAGGAUGACACUGGGAGGGUCAAGAAGCACAGCAUCAUCCUGAGGACACAGCUGUCAGUGAGGGUCCAUGCCUGCAUCGAAAAAUUGUACAACUCCAGUGGACGAGAUUUAAGAAGGGCCCUUUUCUCUCUGAAGCAGAUAUUUCAGGAUGACAAGGAUUUGGUGCAUGAAUUCGUAAUGGCUGAAGGUCUGACGUGUUUGAUUAAAGUGGGAGCUGAGGCCGAUCAGAACUAUCAGAACUACAUCUUGAGGGCUUUGGGCCAGAUUAUGUUGUAUGUGGAUGGGAUGAAUGGAGUAAUAAACCACAAUGAAACCAUUCAGUGGCUUUAUACCCUCAUUGGGUCAAAGUUCCGCCUGGUGGUAAAGACAGCCCUGAAGCUGCUGCUUGUCUUUGUGGAAUACUCAGAGUCAAACGCACCUCUUUUAAUCCAGGCUGUCUCUGCUGUUGACACAAAAAGAGGAAUCAAACCCUGGUCAAAUAUCAUGGAAAUCCUGGAAGAAAAAGAUGGGGUUGACACAGAGCUGCUGGUUUACACCAUGACUUUAGUGAACAAGACAUUGUCAGGACUGCCAGACCAAGACACCUUCUAUGAUGUGGUGGACUGUCUGGAGGAGCUGGGCCUUGCAGCUGUGUCACAGAGGCACAUGAACAAGAAAGGGACUGACCUGGACUUAGUGGAGCAGUUUAACAUUUAUGAGGUGGCACUCAGGCACGAGGAUGGCGAUGAGACGGCCGAGCUGCCCCACAGUGGGCGCCGGGACCGGAGGAGGGCCAGCCUGUGUUCCAGCGGCAGUGACAGCAGCGGGCACCAGGGCCUGGACCGCAGGAGGAGCCGCAGGCACUCGAUACAGAGCAUUAAGAGUACCCCGUCGGCUCCCACCAGCCCCUGCUCCCAGUCGGCUCCCGGCUUCAAGCCCAGUCAAGUGCGAGAUCCCAGUGAAAAAUACAGCAGCUUUGGCAACACCUCCUACCACUCCUCAAGGCCUUCCUCGGGAACCAGUGUACCCACCACCCCCACGUCAUCUCUUUCAUCCCCCCAGGAGGCCAGGCUGGAAAGGUCAUCAGUGAGUGGUCUUCUCACGUCAUCCUUUAGGCAGCACCAGGAGUCUUUGGCUGCAGAGAGAGAGAGACGGCGGCAGGAGAGAGAAGAAAGGCUGCAGAGAAUAGAAAGGGAAGAAAGAAACAAAUUCAGCCGAGAGUAUUUAGACAAAAGAGAAGAGCAAAGACAAGCAAGAGAAGAAAGAUACAAAUACUUGGAGCAAUUGGCAGCCGAGGAGCAUGAGAAGGAGCUGAGAAGCCGGAGUGUGAGCCGGGGUAGAGCUGACCUCUCCUUGGACCUGACCUCACCCGCAGCCCCUGCCUCCCCCGCCCCUCUGAGCCAUAGCCCUUCAUCUCUCGAUGCACAAGAGGCUGUCACGGUACCAUCCUCCUCCUUAGGAACACCUCAGCAUCUCCAAGCAAGUGCCAGGGAUCCUGAACCUGAACCAGAGGCAGAACCUGAGGCAGAGGUGGGGCAUGUUGCUGAUGAGGCCAGCAGGGAAAUAGCCCCUGCAGAAGCAGAGAGCGAGGUGGAGCGAGCACUGGAGCAAGAGCCAGAAGAAAGAGCCUCCCUCAGUGAAAAAGAGAGGCAGAAUGAGGAGGUGAACGAGAGGGACAACUGCUCUGCCUCCAGCAUCUCAUCCUCCAGCAGCACGUUGGAGAGGGAGGAGAAGGAGGACAAGCUCUCCAGGGACCGAGGAACUGGUUUGUGGUCCUCGAGUGUUCAGGAUGCAGGUGUAAAUGAACAGUGUGGCGACAUCCUCACCAACAAACGGUUCAUGCUGGACAUGCUGUAUGCCCAUAAUAGAAAGCCCACAGAUGACGAGGAGAAGGAGGAAGGCGAGCCGGGGAGGACUGAGCAGGGGGCGGAGGCGGUAGCCAGCCUUGCUAGCAGGAUAUCCACCCUGCAGGCCCACUCACAGGCCCAGGACGAGAGCGUCAGGAGGGUGGAUGUUGGCUCUCUGGACAAUCGGGGCAGUGUGAAAGCCUUUGCCGAGAAGUUCAACAGCGGGGACCUGGGGAGAGGGUCCAUCUCUCCCGACGACGAGCCCAAUGACAGCGUUCCGGAGAAAGCCCCAGCACAGCCAAAGACAGAGUCCGACUACAUCUGGGACCAGCUCAUGGCCAAUCCACGGGAGCUCAGAAUCCAAGACAUGGAUUUCACUGACCUGGGGGAGGAGGACGACAUUGACGUCCUGGACGUGGACCUGGGUCACAGGGAGACCCCAGGGCCGCCACCCCCACCCCCACCCACCUUCCUGGGUUUGCCGCCCCCACCCCCUCCACCCCUGCUGGACAGCGUGCCUCCCCCUCCAGUCCCCGGUAAUUUAUUGGCCCCUCCUCCAGUGUUCAGUGCUCCUCAGGGCUUAGGGUGGCCCCAGGUACCCAGGGGUCAGCCAGCAUUCACUAAGAAAAAGAAGACCAUCCGUUUGUUCUGGAACGAAGUUCGGCCUUUUGAGUGGCCGUGUAAAAACAACCGACGCUGCCGAGAAUUCCUGUGGUCGAAACUGGAACCCAUUAAAGUGGACACUUCCAGACUGGAGCAUCUGUUUGAAUCUAAAUCCAAGGAACUGUCUGUCACAAAGAAAACCGCUGCAGAUGGAAAAAGGCAGGAGAUCAUCGUGCUGGAUUCCAAGAGGAGCAAUGCGAUAAAUAUCGGUCUGACGGUCCUGCCCCCUCCAAGAACGAUUAAGAUAGCCAUUUUGAAUUUUGAUGAAUAUGCCUUAAACAAAGAAGGAAUUGAGAAAAUUCUAACCAUGAUUCCCACUGAAGAGGAGAAGCAGAAGAUCCAGGAAGCUCAGCUGGCCAACCCUGAAGUACCCCUGGGGAGUGCCGAGCAGUUCCUCCUCAUGCUGUCCUCCAUCAGCGAGCUCUCAGCUCGGCUCCACCUCUGGGCAUUCAAAAUGGAUUAUGAAACUACAGAAAAGGAAGUGGCGGAACCACUUUUGGAUCUGAAGGAAGGAAUAGACCAGUUGGAGAACAAUAAAACCUUGGGCUUUAUCCUGUCUACUCUGUUAGCCAUCGGUAACUUUCUAAAUGGAACUAAUGCCAAAGCGUUUGAGUUAAGCUACCUCGAGAAGGUUCCAGAAGUCAAAGACACAGUGCACAAGCAGUCACUUCUCUACCACGUGUGCACCAUGGUGGUGGAAAACUUCCCAGACAGCUCUGAUCUCUAUUCGGAGAUCGGGGCCAUCACCAGGUCAGCCAAGGUUGACUUUGAUCAGCUUCAGGAUAAUUUAUGUCAGAUGGAGAGAAGAUGCAAAGCUUCAUGGGAUCACCUCAAGGCAAUUGCAAAACAUGAAAUGAAACCAGUGUUAAAACAACGAAUGUCAGAGUUUCUAAAAGACUGUGCAGAGCGAAUUAUCAUUUUAAAAAUUGUCCAUAGACGAAUAAUUAACAGAUUCCACUCCUUUUUGCUCUUUAUGGGCCAUCCACCGUACGCGAUUCGGGAGGUGAACAUAAACAAGUUCUGCAGGAUCAUUAGUGAAUUUGCACUAGAGUAUCGCACGACUAGGGAGAGGGUUUUGCAGCAGAAGCAGAAGCGGGCCAACCACAGAGAGAGGAAUAAAACCAGAGGGAAGAUGAUCACUGAUUCUGGCAAGUUCUUGGGCAGUUCUCCGGCACCUUCAAGCCAACCACAGGGACUGAGCUAUGCUGAGGAUGCAGCCGAGCAUGAAAACAUGAAGGCUGUGCUGAAAACCUCAUCCCCCGCCACAGAGGAUGCCACCCCCGUGCUGGGGGUCCGCACACGCAGCAGAGCAAGCCGAGGAUCCACUAGUUCAUGGACUAUGGGAAUGGAUGACUCGCCUAACGUCACAGACGACGCGGCUGAUGAGAUCAUGGACCGCAUUGUCAAGUCAGCCACCCAAGUGCCCAGUCAGCGAGUGGUGCCUCGGGAGAGGAAGCGGUCCCGAGCCAACAGGAAAUCUUUGCGAAGGACCCUGAAGAGCGGCUUGACUCCAGAAGAAGCCAGAGCCCUGGGCCUGGUCAGCACCUCGGAGUUGCAGCUGUGACACCUGUGAGGUGCCCUGAGAAGUGUGCCCGAGGAGUGUGCAAGCUCUUGCUGGAUGGGACCCCUCCAGUGGGGGGAGGGGGGCUGUACAUUACCACCCGACAGUCUGGAAAGGAAUGCUCAUUUCUGUGUGUCACACCAUGUGGCUUGUUUUGUCCAAUGUGUGUUGACGUGGAUCAUUAGGAGUCUCCUUCACAUAAUCUCUUUCAUCGUGUCAGCCGUGUUUCUCUUGUUCCCUUGAGACCUGGUUUAGUAGUUCCACUGUGUGACACCUCUUCUGUACAAGGAACAUCCCUUUUAAGAAACAAAUUUCUUCCGUCACAGUUACUAUAGUAAUAUGAAGCAAUUUGACUAGAUUCACAGACUGGGUCUCCACAACACCAAAAUGUCCAGAUGUAAACUCCAAAAUUGUACACUAAAGAAAGCACAGCUUGUUUACCAGUUGUGGAUUUUAGUUGUACUAAAAUGUUUAUACAUAUUCAUAAAUGUAUACCACAUUUCAAAUAAUAAAUAGAGUGUAAUGUCAUAACCAGAAACUUUUAUUCUCCUGGGUGUAGGACCUUAAACAACCACGCAGACUUUCCAAAUCAGCAAAACCUCUUCCCAGUUUCAGAAGAAGGACCCUUGCUCAGAAUGGCCUUUAGGCCCCUUGGGUUUUGUUUUUGUUAAUAGAGUGUAUAGCA